GCGGUGGAUCGGUGGUGUUGUUGUGCAGCCCGCAAGAUGGCGGCCACAAACCGGGCGCGGCCACAGCCCCGCACCAACAUAUCCUUCUUCUCGAAGAUCCAGGGCAAGAUAAGCGAUGCGUGCGCACAGCAGAAAUUUCUCACCGACAAGAAAACGCUCGAAAAGACGUGGAAGCUGAUGGACAAGGUGGUGAAGCUGUGCCAGCAGUCGAAGAUGAACCUCAAGAACAGCCCACCGUUCAUACUGGACAUCCUGCCGGACACGUACCAGCGGUUGCAUCUGAUCUACUCCAAGUACGAGGAUCAGAUGCAUCUGCUCCAUUCGAACGAGCACUACAACAUCUUCAUCAACAAUUUGAUGCGCAAGUGCAAGCAGGCGAUCAAACUGUUCAAGGAGGGCAAGGAGAAGAUGUUCGACGAAAAUUCACACUACCGGCGGAACCUGACCAAGCUUAGUUUGGUGUUUUCGCACAUGCUGUCGGAGCUGAAGGCCAUCUUUCCGAAUGGGCUGUUUGCGGGCGAUCAGUUCCGCAUCACGAAGGCGGAUGCGGCCGAAUUUUGGAAGACACGUUUCGGCAACAGCACACUCGUACCGUGGAAGCUGUUCCGAUUCGAGCUUUCCCUAGUGCAUCCGAUCUCCUCCGGACUGGAAGCGAUGGCGCUUAAAACCACCAUAGACUUAACGUGCAAUGAUUAUAUAUCAAAUUUUGAAUUUGAUGUGUUUACAAGGCUGUUUCAACCCUGGAAUACGUUGCUGAGAAAUUGGCAAAUCCUUGCUGUGACCCAUCCGGGCUACGUAGCUUUCCUAACCUACGACGAAGUCAAAGCACGCUUACAAAAGUAUAUCACUAAGGCUGGUAGUUAUGUUUUCAGAUUAUCCUGCACACGGUUAGGACAGUGGGCGAUAGGGUACGUGACGCAAGAGGGUGAAAUCUUACAAACGAUCCCACAAAAUAAGUCAUUAUGUCAAGCUUUACUAGACGGCCAUAGGGAAGGGUUCUAUCUGUACCCCGAUGGUAAACCGAACAAUCCGGACCUGUCGUUUGCCGUGCAGAGUCCACUAGAAGACCAUAUCACUGUGACACAGGAACAGUAUGAGCUGUACUGCGAAAUGGGAAGCACCUUCCAGCUGUGCAAAAUCUGUGCAGAAAAUGAUAAGGACAUUCGUAUUGAACCGUGCGGCCAUCUGCUAUGUACACCCUGCCUAACGGCCUGGCAGGUGGACUCGGAGGGUCAGGGUUGUCCAUUCUGUCGGGCGGAAAUCAAGGGCACGGAACAGAUCGUUGUCGACGCAUUCGAUCCAAAGCGGCAGCACAAUCGCAAUUCGGCCAAUGGGCGCCAGCAGCUACAGAACGACGAUCACGAUGACGAUACGGAGGAUGAUUUCAAUAUUGCCACCUCAUCCCUGCACGCGCUGAGCAACAGCAUGACGCUGGCACGGAACAACAACGACAAGCAAAGCCCACACUCAUCGCCCCGUCUGCCACGGCGUCAGCUACAACCGCAAGCGCAACCACCAACAACGUGUCAACCAACCUCGCAGGCACCCUCGGCCCCGGUACUAUCCGGUAGUGACAUCUACGCCGGGGGCCCCUCGUCGAUGCUGCUCGUAGGGAUGUCGACCCAAUCACAACAACCGGCAGCUUUGGCCGGCACUGCUGUUGGUACCUGCAACUCUUGUCCCGGAUCGCACGCACCAACGACAAACUCGUCAGCUUCAUCCUCGUCGUCGUCUGCUUCCUCCACGACCACUUCCUCAUCAUCCUCCUCUUCCUCCUCCUCCUCCUCCUCCUCGUCCUCUACAUCUUCAACUUCAUCCUCGUCAUCUACCACCUCCACUUCAUCCGGCGGUGCACCAGGAAACGUCGGCACCGGGAUAACAGCACCAAUCGCCUCUUCACACCCUGCCCUAAGCUCGCCGGCAGCCAUUGCUGCGGCAGCUGCCGCCUCAGCACCACCGCUAGCAGCGGCCACCGUAUCACACACGGUCAACGGGAACCUGGCGACGCACACCAACAUCACGCUUAGUAGCUGCGGCACCAACAGCAACAAUCUGGUGAAGUGUAACAAAUCUUCCUCCUCUUCCCUUCUACCGCAGGGUGGCGGCGUUAGUGGAGGUGUCGCCUCCUGUGCCGGGUCCCACCAACCACAGCAACAGCAUCAACCGGCCAAUCGGUUGAGCGCCCCGGUAAGCAGUGCGAUCGGAUCCGGCAGCUCACCGAGCAGCUAUCUCAUCCUGAAAGCGCUCAACAAAACUUUAUCGAGCGAAACAACCUGCCAGAGUGGUUCGAUGGAGUCCAUCUACCAGCACGGGUAUCGGCAGUGUGCAACGACACCACCACCAUUGCCACCGCGCAAGUCCUCGCCGGGUAUUCUAGCCGCGGGAAGUGGAAGUGCAGCGGCUGACGUUCGACUACAGAAGUCGGCUGUCUGUAGUAGUCGUGCGAGUGGUGGCCCAUCUUCGCAGCAUCUGCAACCAAACGCGGUGCGUACUUCGGGACAAAUUAAUGGAGCAUCGAGCAUGGGCAAUCUGGCUAACCAUACGGCUGGUGGGCUACAUCUUAGUCGCAGCUCGGAAAACCUACCCUCGCUGGCUACUUGUCAGCAACAGCAGCAGUCGCAACCUCCUCCACCACCCGUUCCCAAACAUCAGAACAUCGUUGUGACGGCACCACAAGAACAACAUCACACGGCAACGUGCCCUUGCUCUAGCUCUCAGCAACAGCAACCUCCAACAGUGACCACGACCGAUCCAUUCGCAAUUAGCGACGGCACCUCCGACAAGGUGAUCGUUGGUCCUGCGGAAACGAUCGUCGGCAUUAUCGACACGAGGCCACCCGAAGCACGUCAUCCCAUCAUACUGAAGGUGGACGAAAAGUCGGACCAAAGUCUCAUCCUUACCGCAGCCCUCACACCGAACAACGUAUACCAGUUCAAGCCAACGAGUGCCUCGGUUAGUACCAGCAACCUGAACGGUCUCGUCACGGUACAGACGGCUGUCAGUGAGCAGGUAACGAACAGUAGCGGUGAAUCGACGACCACCGUCAGCACAACCUCGGUCCAGUACAAACCAGCACCGGCACAACCUCAACCGACACCUCAGCGGCAACCUCAACCCCAACCACGUACCCAGUUCACCCAGCCACAAUGUUCGGCACCAUCUGCCAGUGUAACAGCGGCAGCUGCAUCCACUGUGCCCAACAACCAUCAGCGACACCAAUCCUUACCAGCCAACAGUGCAGCGGUCGGCGCAAAGAUCCUACCACAUCCACCUUCCAAAUCGAUCACCUCCUCACAGCUAGCCGCAGCGGCAGCAGGUAGUGGUCGAUCCUCCAAUACCGGUGGUCAUCCGUUAGUGUACGAAAACGUUAACCUAGCCGCGAGUGGGCCACUGAAGGAGUGUUCCACGGGUAGUGCCAACCAUCGGCACGGGAUGGCAGCUGGUGGUGGUGGGAGUAAUAGCAACAGUAGUAGUACCAGCAGCAAUAAUAAUCAUCUAGCAAACUUUAGUGCCGCAGGAGGGCCCUCCCUCAGCUCGGCACUAAACAACAACAACAACCCGAACGUGCCGUACGAGAACAUUAAUCUGGAGUAUAUAGCGCGGCUAAUGCAGGAGGGCUACUCGAAGGAGAACGUCAUAACGGCGCUGGGGAUUUCGCGGAACAACAUCGAGAUGGCGUGCGAUAUAUUGCACGAGUUUGUUAGUAAAAGUGGAGGAGGUUAA